AUGGAAGGUUCGGUUCUGUUGCCAGUGGAGGCGGAGGCGUUUGUUCAAAGUUUGGAGAUAUUUUCCCUUCAAGACGUAGGCUCGACAAGGUGGUUCAGACAGCAUGAACAUAUUGAGAAGCUCAACAUGCAGGCUAUACUCAGUGCUUCUGCCACACUGGAUGAGUACAUCAAGGAGAUGCUGGUGUCUCAUGGGAAGAUCUCAGUUCUGGUGCACGAAAUGAUCCUGACUGAAGUGUGGAAGCAAAAAAUAUUCCCUAUUUUGUGCCAACUGCAGGACUUCACCCCCAAGAAUACAUUUCCUCUUUACAUGGUGAUCCACCAUGAAGCCACCAUCAUCAACUUGCUAGAGACCAUAAUGUAUCACAAGGACUCCUGCGAGGCCAGCGACGACUCUAUUCUCGAUUUAGUGGAUUACUGCCACCGGAAGCUCACGUUGUUGGCCGCCAACGUUGGCAAGGACGGUAACAACAUGGCACACAUCACAAACAAGGCAGCCGGUGAGGCAGUUCUGUCCUCUAAAGAGGAGUUGCAGUUUCAAGCUGCUGAGUUGGAAUUUAGCAUUUCAUUGAAGGCGCUGUCUGUAUUGCGCUACAUCACUGACCAUACUGAUAGUAUCAGUGCCAUUAACCGAAUGCUGUGCACACAUAACGUUCCUUGUUUACUGGUGCGCCUGAUCGAGUGCUGUCCGUGGAGUCGUUGCACAGCGGGUGACAAAGAGAAAUACAUCAAUGGCAAAUGGCAAAAGAUACCAGAGGAAGAUCACCUGAAGAUGACAAAACUAGAUGGGCAGGUUUGGAUUUCCCUGCACAAUCUACUUCUCAAGGAAGACUGUCAACGAAAAUAUGAUUUCAAUAGUUACAAUAAGAGUCAGCUUCUGAAGCUGCGUAGUUUCUUGACUGAAGUGUUGAUCGACCAGUUGCCCAACUUGGGGGAGCUCCAGCGGCUCCUGGCUCAUCUGGCGGUUACCGACCCUGAACCUCCAAAAAAGGAACUCGUUUUAGAGCAGAUCCCUGAAAUGUGGAACCAAAUCAUGACAGAGAAUUCCAAAAAAUGGAAAGCAAUUGCCAAGUAUCAAGUCAAAGAGACCUUCAACGCCUCUGAAAAAGAUCUGAGGCUACAGGCACAGAGGUUGGCUCAGACGUACAAUUUGGACGUGAUGGAGAGUUUGCUCCCCGAGAAGCCAAAGUGCGGCUGUUGUGGAAAAGAGGCUGCGAAAAGAUGCGGUCGGUGCCAAGGGGAGUGGUACUGUCACAGAGAAUGUCAGGUGAAACACUGGCCAAAACACAAGAAGGCAUGCCAGCUCAUGAUGGAGGCCAACAGGAAGGCCCAGGAUGAUCUGAGUAAAGACAAGAAAAAAUGGUCGGGCCAAAACUCUGAUCUAGAGUCAACUGAAAACCUGUGA